CUCUUGUUAAUUUUGCCUGAUAAAACUUGCCUUGAAUAAUACGAACCAUGCCCACCGACUUUGACAAACAAACCUAUUGGCAUCACCGCUUCGCCAACGAAACCUCCUUCGAAUGGCUGCUGAGUUCCGCCGACUUCAUUUCAAUCCUAAAACCUCUUCUUAUCAACCUUGAGCCUUCAUCAGCUCGUAUCCUACACCUCGGCUCCGGGACUAGCGACUUACACAACCACUUUCGUCAACUAGGCUUUCUAGACGUCACAAAUGUCGAUUAUGAGCCUCUAGCAGUGGAACGUGGACGACAACUUGAGCAACAAGCCUUUGGCGAUGUCAAGAUGAAGUAUUCAGUAGCAGACGCUACAAAAUCUUUAUUAUCAUCAAGCAACAGCAAUGACCAAGAAACACACAACAACGACAAAUUCGACCUUGUCGUCGACAAGAGCACCGCGGAUGCCAUCUCAUGCGGCGGAGACGAGCAGGUCCGUAACAUGGCCCAUUGCGUUAGGGAAUGUCUUGCGGAUGACGCCGUUUGGGUUUCAAUGAGUUACUCUGAGUCACGAUUUGACAUUGGCGAGAUUCCUUUUAACGUCGAGGUUUUGGCAAAGAUUCCGACGCCGAAAAAUGCAGCGACUGAUCCGGACAUCUUUCACUGGUGCUAUCUGCUGCGACCGAAAUGAAAGUCUGUUUGGAUGAGGGAGCGACUUUAAUUUGCAGUUGGAUUGGGAUUCCAACGGUUUUAUUCAACUAUGAAAGAUUAGCUGCUCAAAGAUGGAACAGUAACUGAUUGGAGAUGGUUCGGUUGCAAAAAGGCAGAAUCACUGGUGUGUGACAAACUCCUGGCUUCGAGGCCGGCUAUUCGGCAGAAGUAAAUGGUUAUACAAAAGUCUAUCUCUGCCUAGGAGCCUUGAUGUUUGCGAGUCAAGUUUAAAUUUGGAUAUAGACAAAAAAGGCAUCAACGCAAGAAACGAACAAUCUAUUUUACC